CUUGACGACUGUCUGUAUGGAUUCAGAGGGUUCACUGAUGUUGUCACCAGGCCGUAAACAUUUCGACCUGACGAACUCUCUACAUCCCCACCACUUUUUUUUUGUUCAAUCAGAUACGCAGCGUGCAGCCAGGCAAGCCUCGAUGCCGCGCCUAGUCAGAUGAGCCCAUAGCACAGCAAGAGAAAGCGGUAGCGACAGGAACAGACUGACUGCGCACAAAACUUUUCAAAUUUCUAAAAUCUGUCUAAUUUAUUCCAUUUCCACGAAGAAAAGGAGGAGAAGAGAUAUAAAGUACAGAGGGGAGGGACCCACGGAAGUUGAUGUAGAUAGAUUGGCUUUCUUACGUGCGCUCCUUCCACGGUUUUAGCUCCUCAUCCCUCGUUCGGUGAUGUAAUUGUUUAAGAUCGGACGCGAGAGGAACAUUGUCUGUUUUUCCAUCCGCAUUAGAAAUUUAAAUUUCCUAUCUGCAACUCAUCGUCAUCACUCAUUUCUUAGUCUCUCUGGUGUCCAGUGGGUCGGACAGAGAGGGGCCGCGGUGAGAGGCGGUCGGUUUGGGAAAAGGGGAUUCAGCGGGCAGUAUCUCUGGUGCCAGCGGACGUUUCAGUGGUUCCCAACCGUGCAGUUAUGUGGCUUGGUGCGCUGAUUGGCUGUGCGUUCCUCGCGCUGUGUUCUGCGCCUCCUCCUGCGCACAUCAACCGUUUGGCGCUGUUCCCUGACAAGAGCGCCUGGUGCGAAGCCAAGAACAUCACACAGAUAGUCGGGCACACAGGCUGCCAAUCCCGCUCCAUAGAAAACAGGGCAUGCCUGGGACAGUGUUUCAGUUACAGCGUGCCCAACACCUUUCCUCAGUCCACUGAGUCCCUGGUGCACUGUGACUCCUGCAUGCCAGCAGAGACCCAGUGGGAAGUGGUGACUUUGCAGUGUCCAGGCAAUGAGGACACUCCUCGUGUUGACAAAUUGGUGGAGCGCAUCCUGCAGUGCAGUUGCCAGUCCUGCAGUAAAGAGGGUGACCAGGAGGGGGCCCUCACGCAGCAGUCUCCCUCGGAGAGCUCCAUCGAUCACGCGUCCCUGCCUGACGGCAGCAGCGCCGAAGUCCACCCCCACCCGCACCCUCACCCUCACCCCCACCCGCACCCUCACAGGCACAAACUCUCACACCCACACCAUCCCGACACACUCGCUGAUCCACUGCCACACACAGACACAUCUGAGGGAGGAUAAGUUCAACUGUGCUCCUCUCUGUAUCUGUCUUCACCCUCCUCCCUCCUUCUCCUCCUCUCUCUCUCUCUCUCUCUCUCUCUCUCAUCACUGUUUGAGUUGGUCUGUGAUUUUGUACUCUGGCAGAACUUCAGCACUUUUAUGAAUAACACCACAUUUUGCAAAAAUAAAGCUUUUAGACAGGAAUGUAUGAAACAAAACCAGCGUGCAUAUACACAGUUACCAAAAAUGAUCACAAAGCACAAAGUAAACUGAAAAUCUAACACAAACACACACGCAGACAUUCACAUACAGUAAUAUAUUUGAACACUUUUCAUUAGCAUAGAUUCAGAUACUCCAGUGGCACACGUAGCACGAACAUCCACGCUCUGUGUCUGAUUAUACAUUGAAAGCACACUUAAAUCAUUGCUCACAGAGGCGCACAUACAUUUUCCCAUUUAAGAGACAAUCAAAAUCAUGUACACACACAUACACACACAAAAACACAAACAAACAUACACGCACAAACACACAAAUCAUCAGAUUAUGUCUCUAAAGGCCUCUGUGUUCUGUGCUGCCUUUUCUGUCGCCUCACUUGCGCAAGUCUAACUAAACAACACAGUAAAUUGUUGAGUCAAGAAAAAUGCCUUUCCUCCUAGUAACACUUUAUAUGGAGUUUUAGAAAGGUAAAAAGUUCAGUUGAUCCACUUGAAAUGAUUCAUACAUUGGGUGUAUUGUGCUGGCUUGGAUAAAGCUGUUUGUAUUUACAAACA